AUGGUUUCAAUUUCAAAAUUCCCUUUCACUUUACUACCCAAAAUCAAACCAAUUCUUGUCAACCUAAACCCUAGCAUGUCUUGGUCAUGUUCACGAUGCACAUUCUUGAACCCUCCUUCCCAAAAAUCAUCCUGCCAAAUAUGCUUAUCUGACUCACCAUUAUCAAUCUCAUCAGACCCUUCAAUUUCAGUCCCAAAACCCAAAUGGCCAUGUAAAGCUUGUACCUUUACGAACCCUUAUCACAGCAUAAGUUGUGAAAUAUGUGGUACUAGGGUUUCAGCUUCAGGACUUGCUACACUUGAAACUGAUGAUGAUGAUGAUGAUUUGAGUUCUUCUGUUGGCAACGUGUUCUUGCCUUUGAGGCCUUGUAACAAGGGUAAAAUAACAACUAGGGCUCCUAUUAUGGUUGAAGAUGAUGUGAAGGAGUCUGUUAGGUUUAGAUGUGCGAAUGCGGCAAACAAGAGGAAAAAUAGGGAGGAACCACUCGGGGUUGAAGUGGCUGAGGUUGAUGCUGCUAUGGGGUAUAGGGGUGUAAAGGCUGCUGCAACUAAAGCAAUUGAAAUAUCGGAUUCAGUGGAACAGGAACCAGGCAAAACUUUCUCAACCAGUAAAUCCAAAGUGUUGAAGAUCUUGACCUAUAAUGUGUGGUUUGCAGACAUAGAGAUGCACAAGAGGAUGAAAGCCAUAGGCAACCUUAUUGCGCUGCAUACGCCAGAUGUUAUAUGUUUUCAGGAGGUUACUCCAGAAAUAUAUGACAUUUUUCAGCACUCUGGUUGGUGGAAAAUGUAUUCUUGUUCCAUUUCAAAUGUGAUGGAAUUGACGAGAGGAUACUUCUGCAUGCAAUUGAGCAAACUUGCAGUGAAAUCCUACAGUUGCAAGCCAUUUAGCAAUUCUAUAAUGGGAAGGGAACUCUGUAUUGCUGAGAUUGAAGUUGAGAAAGAUAUGACCUUGGUUGUUGCUACCAGCCAUCUUGAGAGUCCUUGCCCUGGGCCACCCAAGUGGGAUCAAAUGUACAGCAAGGAACGUGUGGAGCAAGCCAAGGAAGCUGUGGAGCUGCUUGAGAGAAAACGGAAUGUAGUCUUUUGUGGUGAUAUGAACUGGGAUGACAAAUUGGAUGGUCAAUUUCCUCCAACUGAUGGAUGGAUUGAUGCUUGGGGCAAAAUGAAGCCUGAAGAAACGGGAUGGACAUACGACACCAAGUCAAACAAAAUGUUAAGCGCCAAUAGGACACUACAGAAACGUCUGGACAGGAUUGUCUGCAAACUGCAAGAUUUCUGUGUAAGUGAUGUUAAGAUGAUUGGAAAGGAUGCAAUCCCAAAUCUCACAUAUAUAAAGGAAAAGAAAGUGAAGAGUGAAGUUAAGAAACUGACACUACCUGUUUUGCCUAGCGAUCAUUAUGGUCUACUUUUGGAGAUCUCUCCUCAGUAGUCCAAAGUUGAGAGAUGUAUUGCUUAUUAUUCUCUCAGUGUAUCAAUGAAUGUAAAAGGGUCUUAAAAGCUUUUGCAGAGCACUUGUUUUUUUGUACAUUGCUACUACUUUACUAGUGCUCAUGUUUGCACCAGAGGAUAUUUUCUAUGCUAUGUUCAUAGGCUUCUUAUGAUAUCAGUAUUCACUUCUGUGCUGCA